AUGGCCUGCAUAAAAAUGGUGAUGCCCUUUGUUUUAGUAAUAUUUCUCCAAGUAGGGUUUGCGGGAAUGGAUAUUCUCACAAAAGCCGUACUCAAUGAAGGCAUAAGUACAUUCAUACUUGCUGCCUACCGUCAUCUACCCCUUCCUGCAGUCACAUUCAUCCUCGCCUUGAUAUUUAAACUCGAAAGACUGAAGCUUCGGAGUAUCAGAAGCGUGGGUAAAGUGGUCGGGACAGCGGUUACAGUUGGAGGAGCUAUGGUCAUGACACUUGUCAAAGGUCCAGUUCUCAACCUCUUCUGGACCAAAGAACCAUCUGCACAAAACACAGCCGGGACCGAUAUUCACAACUCCAUCAAAGGCGCAAUUUUUGUCACAAUUGGUUGUUUUAGCUAUGCAUGUUUUCAUAUCCUCCAAGCAAUUACCUUAAAGAUUUAUCCGGCCGAACUCUCUCUUACAGCAUUGAUAUGCCUAAUGGGGACUAUAGAAGGAGCAAUUGUGGCAUUAGUAAUGGAGAGAGGAAAUCUUAGCGCUUGGACCAUUGGUUGGGACAUGAAACUUCUUACAGUCAGCUACAGUGGGAUAGUUUGUUCAGCCCUUGGUUACUACAUUGGAGGAGUGGUGAUGAGAACCAAUGGUCCCAUGUUUGUAACAGCUUUCAAAACUCUUUGUAUGAUUGCAGUAGCAAUUAUGUCAAGCAUCAUUUUUUCUGAACAAAUGUAUUUGGGAAGGGUCCUUGAUGCGGCGGUUAUAUGUGCCGGACUUUAUCUUGAAAUAUGGGUUAAAACCAAAGACUAUGAAAAUCCUUUCACACCACAAACAGAGGAAGAAUCAACCCAACCAAAGUUAAAACUGAUCAGAAAUGGAAAGGAUAGUGCUGAUCAUGAAGUCAUUACUUUCAGCAAGCAAUGUGAAAAGAAAAGAACCGUUGUAGAAACCGCUUAA